UCCUCAAUGUAAUAUCCCUACUAAGAUCUGUGUUGGUACCUCUUCAAGUCACUCUUAAUCACAUCACACUGUAGGGAGUGAGCCAAACUUUCAAACUUUCUUUUGCAAGUUUGGCGAAAGUCCUGACAUAUCUGAGUUUUUUGGGCUUCUAAAGAGCCACUAAAAGUUUCCAGUUGAUCAAUUCUAGCCAUUGUUAAAGGCAUAAGAAGAGAGUCAGGGAUUUCAAAGGCGGCUCAAAAGCGGAUUUUAGGAGAGAAAGAAGAUCCUUUUUAUAGGAAAUGAAGGAGUCCAAGGUUAAGUACAGGACUAGGUGGUAGGUGGGAAAGUGGCUGAAGGAGAAGCAAGGUCUUAGUAAUUGGGUAGGACUUGUGCGUAGACGGAUUUCCGUGGCAGGCGUGCGAAGCUGAGAGUAUGAAAUCCCAAACAAUUGGAGUAAUGAAUGGCUCCGACAUCUUGGUGGUAGUGAAGAAUAUAAUCAACAUUUGAAGAUUUAAAGAGUAUUUGUGUCCGACUAUUUUAGCGAAGAUUAAUCAACAACCAAGAGCUAAUACCGUUUUUCUUAAACUUGGUUCUCUAAAAAGAAUAUAGAUGUAUUGACUGAGUUUGAUCAUGUAAAAUCUAGCAUUAACAUAAAAGCUAGUGACAUUAAGAGGCAAACUUGUUAUAAAAACACUAUUCACCAAAUUC